CCCGUAGAGUAAUAGACCAUAAACUGAAAAUACAAAAGAUCACACAAUAUCAAGAAAAUCAAAAAAAAAAAAAAAACUAUUUAAAAAAAUUUAAAGGACACACAAGAAAAAAAAUGGAAAAUUUCAAAGUGAUUUUUUUUUUAAGUGUGCUAAACUAAGAAACUAAUCGAAAAAUAAUAAAAAAUAAAGAAACUUUCUUAACACUAGAACAAAAAAAGAAAAAGAGGAAAAGAAAAACACUUUUUUAAUAAUUUCAACAAAAAAAAAAUCUAAUACACACAUUUAGGGAAUUCAUUUUUUAUACAAUUUUUAAUAAUAGAAAAAAGUAAAAAAACAAAAAAAAAUUUUAAUUUCUAUAAAACUUAAGUUCAUCAGUUCUUUAAAUAAAAUAGAUAAAUGGAAAUUUUAUUAAAAAAAAAUUAAUGAAAUAAAUUUUAAUAAAAUUACAAUUAGAAUGUAAAAUAAAACAAAAAGAAAUAAAAGUGAAGAAAAAUAUAAAAAAAACGCAACAAUGACAAUUAAAUUAAAAAAAAUACAUUGAAAAUAAUAACAAAAAAAAAAUACAUUUUUAUACUACGCUCUAAUUUAAAAUAACAUUUUAGAUAAAAAAUUGUAACUUAAAAAAUACACGCAUACACACACACAAAUACAUGUAAAAUAUACCACAUAAUCUCUAAGUCAAAACAUAAAAAGAAAUGUUAAAAAUCUGUGUUAAUCUUUAAAUAUAAAUACAUAAAAAAAAUUAUGAAUAAGAAGAAAUAAAACGUACACACUUACACACAAACUAAAACAAAAGAAAUACCUAAAAAAAAUAACAUAAAAUAAUAAAAAAAUACCAUAAAAUUACAAAAAUAGCUAAAAAUGAUGUCCAAAAUUUUUUUAAUAAAAUUAAAUAAUAAAUUUAUAAAUUUUAAUUUUAAACAAUGCAAACGGUGAAAUGAACUCUUUUAAAUUAAAUCAAACGACAAUUGGGUGACAAAUAAUUCAAAAUAUUAUAAAUUUGUGUUUUUGUCAUUUAAUAAACUGAUAAUGCACUAUAAAACGUAGUCAACUGCUGUCGUUGUCGUCGUCGCAGUCGUUGCCACUUACGUCUUUGUCGUCGACAUCGACCACUUUUUUUUUUUUAAUUUUCGAAAAAUAAAUCAAAAAAAAAAAGUAAAGACAAAGUAAGACAAAAAAAUUGAUAGUAAAAAAAAUUAUUUAAUUCGAUUGUUCCAAAAAAAAACAAAAAAAAAUGAAGUUAAAUUGUGACUAAAAUGAAUAAAAAAAAUGUCCUAGUUCUAAAUUUUUAAUCAAGCAGAAACGAAAAACAAUAAAACUAAAAUCUAAGAAAUUAAAACAAUUAAAUUUUACAUAUAAAAUAUUAGAGAAAGCAAAGUAAAAUUAAUAUCAAGGGUGCUGCAACGAAAUUGAAAGAAAAAUAAACAGAGAACAAAAAAUCCUAUGAACCAAAAUACAAACCAAAAACGAUGAUAACACAACUAAAAGGAUUACUAAAGCGAUAACAUACAUUAAAUUUAACAACAACAAAAAAAAGGAUUUUUCGUUUUAUUGUAAGCAACUUAUAGUUUCAACGUAACAUAUGUGUAAUUAAUAAAAAAAUAACAAAAACAACAAAACUAAAAUAUAAAAACAAAAAAAUAAUAAUAAUAUAAAAAAUCAAACAUUCAAAAAAUAAAAGAAAAAAAAAAGCAAGUUUUUAAAAUAUUUUUAGUUAUAGAGUAAAAUUACAAUUACAAAUAUAAUUAUAAAAAAAACAACGGAUCGUUAACUUAUUCAAUAUAAUAGAAAUUAGAAAAUAAUAAAUAAUUAAAAAAAAAUAACAAAAAACAAAAAAAAAAUACCACACAAAAUGUUGUUCCAUUAUGAAAACUAUUUAACGCUGCCAUCACUUAUACCUAAGGCUCAACUAAUAACAGUAUGGCUGGCAUUUAAUAUUGCCUUCUAUUUACAAGAACCAACAAAAAAAUUAGCCGCUGUAGAUGCAGCGACUGGAGGUGGCAGCAUGUUGGGUGAUGUUAACAUAUCCGCUAUAUUGGAUUCCUUCAGUGUUAGUUAUGAUAAAAGAGUAAGACCCAAUUAUAGAGGUCCCCCAGUGGAAGUUGGCGUAACAAUGUAUGUCCUCAGUAUCAGUUCGGUUUCGGAAGUUCUCAUGGACUUCACAUUGGACUUUUAUUUUCGUCAAUUUUGGACCGAUCCUCGUUUAGCGUAUAGAAAACGACCGGGCGUUGAAACGUUAUCAGUUGGAUCAGAGUUCAUUAAAAACAUAUGGGUACCUGACACCUUUUUUGUAAACGAAAAACAAUCAUAUUUUCAUAUUGCAACUACCAGCAAUGAAUUCAUUCGAGUUCAUCAUUCUGGUUCAAUUACAAGAAGUAUUCGGUUAACUAUAACAGCAUCAUGCCCGAUGAAUUUGCAAUAUUUUCCCAUGGACAGACAAUUAUGUCAUAUAGAAAUAGAAAGUUUUGGAUAUACUAUGAGAGAUAUUCGCUAUAAAUGGAAUGAGGGCCCUAACUCGGUUGGUGUUUCGAGUGAGGUGUCUCUACCCCAAUUUAAAGUAUUGGGUCAUCGCCAGAGAGCUAUGGAAAUCAGUCUUACAACAGGAAAUUAUUCACGUUUGGCUUGUGAAAUUCAAUUCGUCAGAUCAAUGGGUUACUAUUUAAUUCAAAUUUAUAUCCCAUCCGGAUUAAUCGUAAUAAUAUCAUGGGUAUCAUUUUGGCUUAAUCGUAAUGCAACACCGGCUCGUGUUUCUUUAGGUGUAACAACUGUGUUGACAAUGACAACACUUAUGUCUUCAACAAAUGCCGCACUACCAAAAAUCUCAUAUGUCAAAUCAAUUGAUGUUUAUCUAGGAACAUGUUUCGUAAUGGUUUUUGCAAGUUUAUUGGAAUACGCCACCGUCGGUUAUAUGGCAAAAAGAAUACAAAUGCGAAAACAAAGAUUCAUGGCCAUACAGAAGAUAGCGGCUGAGAAGAAACUCCAAGUCGAUGGAGGGCAACCACCGCCAAAUCCAAGUGCGGAUCAUGGACAUGGGCAUGGUCAUGGUCAUAGCCAUGGUCAUCCUCAUGCACCAAAACAAACAGUGAGUAACCGACCAAUUGGUUUUUCCAAUGUCCAACAAAACGUUGGAUCGCGCGGUUGCUCGAUAGUGGGACCCUUGUUCCAGGAGGUGAGGUUCAAAGUUCACGAUCCCAAGGCUCAUUCCAAGGGCGGCACAUUAGAAAAUACUGUCAAUGGCGGGCGAGGUGGAGGUGGAGGAGGCGGAGGGGGUGGCGGGCCCCCUAGUGCCGGAGGUGGAGGAGGUGGUACUGAAGGCGGCGAUGCAGAAGCUGGUGCUGUUCCACAGCAUUUACUUAAGCCAGGAAAGGACAUUAAUAAAUUACUAGGCAUAACACCGUCAGACAUUGAUAAAUAUUCCCGAAUAGUGUUCCCUGUAUGUUUCGUGUGCUUUAAUCUCAUGUACUGGAUCAUCUAUCUACACGUUAGCGAUGUCGUCGCCGAUGAUUUGGUGCUCUUAGGUGAAGAAAAUUAAAAAGGAUUACUACUCGUAUUCGUAGUCACCCUUUUAACUUUAGAAAUUUAUUUUAAUAAAAAAACAAAAAAACAAUUAAUAAAAGUAAAAAAAAAAUAUAUCAAAAUAUGAUUUCAAAGUAUUAAAAAAGAAUUAUAAAGAAAAAACAAACAAAAAAAAUAUUUUAUUAUCUAUGAAAAAAAAAUUGUAAAUGUUUCGUUAUAAAACAAAUUUUGUUAAUAGUAAAUUUUUACAUGAAUUUUGUUUAUUAGAAAAACGAAAUAAAAAAUUUUAUAAAAAACAAAAACCCAAAAAAAAAACGAGAUAAUUCAUAUAUACUUAAAUAAAUAUAAAAAACACAUAAAUUCCCAAUGCCUACUGAACAAAUACUAUUUAUAAAACAUUAAAAAAAAAAACAAACCAAAUUGUAAAAAAAUUAUUAAUUUUAAAAUAUUUGAAAAAAAAAAUAUAUCAUAAAUCCAAUAAAUUCACUUGAAAACUAUAAUAAAAAAACAUUAUGCAAGCACCAGAAACUUAAAGGAGAAAAAAUAUUUACCGUAGCAUCCGAAAUCUCUUUUUUAUUCCACGCUACAUUUUUCAAAUACGUACAUAAACUUACAUAAAUUAUAAUAAAAAAUCGCUUAAAAAUUAUUUAUGUAUUAUGAUAUACAGUUAUUAUAUAAAAUCGCGAAUAAUCCAAAACAUACAAAUAUAAUAUACACAUUUUAGUUUUAAAAAUGCACCAUAAGCCACUUUUUCUUUGAUAUUCAAAAACUUACUAAAAUUUUCUAAUUAAUCAAAUUCAGUUUUUCAUCAAAUUUCAUUCAAAAAUUCUCUAUGGACAUAUACAUAUACAUAUAUAUAUAUAUAUAUAUAUAUAAGAAAGAAAGUUUGUACGGGAAAAGCAUAUUUGAGGUGCGCUUCCAAUACUUAUGCCAAAAAUUAAUUAUUUAAAUUUAAGUUUUAAUCGUAAUUUAGUCGAUUAGCAAAAAAAAAUAAAAAAAGCCCAAAAAAAAAAUAAACUCAUCCAAUUUUCGAGACUUAAUCAAAGUAAAAAAAAACAUAUAAAAGAAGGAGUAAUCGACAAUAUCAAAUAUCGAUCAAGAACCAAUAUAUGAUGGUCACCAACCGGCAGUGAACGAUUUAUGCUAAAAACGAAAUAUUGCAUAUCAACUUUGGUAUACAACUCUUGCAUAAAACCGGUUCACAAUUGUUUUAGCAAAUAAUUAUUUUUGAUAAUUUGAAUUUGACAUUUUACUUAAUUAUUAUUUCAUUAAAUAAAAUUAACUUAUAUACUCUUCAAAAUUUCCCAUUUUGCUCAAAAAAAAAAAUCAGCAGUAAAAAAUUUUUUUUAUUACAAAAAAAAUGUCAACAAAUUGUAAGAAUAUGCAAUGUAAAAUCAGGCAAUCGGCAUUAUUAAUUACGUGACAUUUCUUUUUUGCAUUAUCGGUUACAAUAGAAAUGGAGGCAUCUGUUUCACAACUUUAAAAGUAUUGUUACAAUUUUUAUUAAAUGCAAUAAAAAUGCGCGUAAUAAAAAUAUAAAAGAAUUCAACGCGCAUUUUAAGUUAUCGAUAAAAUACUCGGAGCUCUUCAUUACAGAAAAUAAAAAAAAAUAUUUAAACCGCAUUUUACAAAAAAAAAUUAUCAUAAAAAAAAUUUUAAAUAAAAUAAAAAUUAAAUAAUUACAUACAAAAAUUGUAUAUAUUAAAAAAUUCUUGCAUUUUAAUUAAAUAUUUUUUUUUAUUUAUAUUUAAAAAAAAUUAAUUUUAAACAAAAAUAAAAACAAAAAGAAAAACAAACGAAGUUUCGUAUUUUCAAACGAUGACUACAAAAAUUCGGAACAAAAAACAAAAUAUAAUUUAGGUUUCAAAUACAUAUAUAUAUAAAUAUAUAAAACAUCAAAAAUUAUUAUUAUAUAAUAUAUAACUAAAAAUGAAAUGAAAAAAAAAAUUUUUAAAAAUUUAGAUUUUGUUUUUUUAUUCUUUUUUUUUAUAUUCAAUAUGGCAUUGGGAUUAAAAAUAAAAUAGUUAUUAUAAAAAAUGUAUAAUUGAAUUUUUAAGAAUAAAAAAUAAGAACCAUAAAAUGAUAACAAAAAACUUAAUAUAGUGUUAGCAAAAGUGUUAUAUACGUAUAACAAUAACUACAAAAGUAAUUGUAAAAUAAUAAAUAUAUAUUACAUAAAAAAUUUUUGCUUUAUAGCAAAAACAUAAUUAAACAAAUAUUUACCAUAUAUACUCGUAAUAUAUAAUAAAAAUACUUGCGAAAAAAUAUUAACGUAUAUAAUGACGUGCAUAAUUCAAUAUUUAUUUGUUUAUAUAUUUGAAUAUAGUAAAGCGUAUAUAAGUGUAUAAUAUAUAAAUAUAUACAUACUUCAGUAAACUGCUUUCCAUUUGGACAGAAAAUGUCUUGAGUUCCAUUUUGACAGAAAUAUUAAAUGUAUAAUCCAUAUACAGUAUUUUAAAUGCUUAUAUGAGCCCUACACGUACUUUUAAUAUAACCCUUCUAAAUUAUAUGAAUUGGCAUAUUUUGUAUACUAAAAAUUUCUCUCUAUUUUCAAAUUAAAACUAAAAUUUCAAAGUGUGUUUUCUGCCAUUCACAUGAUAUUAUGCACUUACAUAAAAUUUUACAAAAUUCUGUCUACCAUUUUAUUCUUUUCAAAUUGCAAGUUAAAAACAAAAUAAAUUCAAUUUAUUAAUUUCUAAUAAUUUGCUGAAUGACUUAUUAACUUUCCAUUCGAAUGAUUCACAAUUUCUUUCGAAUUUGACUCAAAUUUUUACUGUACAUUUAAUAUUCCCAAAUGAAAUUAAAAUAUACUAGAAAAAUUAAAUGUUUUGUAAUUAAAAUGCAAUAAAAAUAGCUCCUUACAUGACAUAUGAUGUUGACAUAUGAUUUAAGUCAAGUAACACUACAAAAGCUUUUAAGCUUUCUAAUUAAAAUGUCUUAGAUUCAACUUAAAACUUCAGCAAAAUUUCUUCUCCAAUUCACAGUAUACAUAUAUUAGAAUAUAUUGUUUAUAUGUAUGUACAUAUAAGAAAACUCUAAGACAUAAUUCUUUCUCAAAAAACACUUAACCUAUACUCUUCAUCAAAAAAAAAGAAUAUAAAAUUUUAAUUAUUUAACAAAACUUUUUUAAUAUGCAAAAAAGAAAUAGGGCUUAAUCUGGAACCGUUGAACGGGUAAAUUUGUAUAUUAUCUUAAUUAUAAUAUGCAAUUUUAAAUAUAUACAUACAUAUAUUAAACGAAUCUAUAAAAAACUAACUAUGUAUAUAUAUAUCAUGUUACUAUAUCAAUAUAAAAUUAAUAUUAAAUAACCUUUUUUUAAUAAAUAUUAAACUUGCACAACAACGCAUGAUUUUCUUUUGUCUUCCAAUUUAUAAUAAAAGCAAAAAUAAAGGAAAUACUUUUUAUUGAAACAAAUAUACAUAUAUUCACACAUACUUAUACUGUUCAUCUUCAUUUACUGCGUUUGUAUGCAAUUUGAAGCCGACUUCAAGCAGAUUUUUAACUCAUAUAAACGCUUCUUAACUUGAAAUUUUCAAGUCAAAUCGAUCCGACAAAAUUACUAGCAUGACUUGAAAAGCGACUGUACAAAUUGAAAGAUUGAAAAUUAUAAACAAAUAUAUAUACUCGUAAUGAUUGUCAGCUAAUGUUUGUGAAACCGAAGUCGAUUUCAAGUUGAUGUUUUUGUAAUGUACAUUACAGUAUACUAGCAGAUUAAAAUUUCCGCCAUGUAAACGAAGUAAUUGAUUUGAAAGUUUCAGGAAAAUUUUUUUGAUACAGAUAUUAAUCUGAAAUAAGUAUUAAUAUCGUAUUACUGUAGUUUUGAAAUCAAGACUUAUAAAUACAUUAUAUAAUAUAUAAUAAUUAACUAGGCGCUAUACGAGUAUACACAUAAAUAUUUCACAUAUUAUUAACAUAUUAUUUUUAUAUUAUAUUUAUAUAUAUAUAAUAUAGUUAGGUGUUAUAUAUUUGCCACAACAAUAUACCUAAAGAAUAAUUUGUGUAAUUGCAAAUUAUUAUCUAAUUUCAAAAAAUUACCGCAAGGGUCCCAAACUUUGUACUAUAAUUUUGUUGUUGCUUACAAAUCAAGAUAUGACAUUUAAUAUAGGACAUGUUUUAUAAUUGAAAAUUAAAAUUAUUUUAUUAUUAUUCCUGUACAGUUACAUAAUAUUUAAAUUCAACUUUCAAAAAUAUUGAAAAUAUUUUUAAAAACAAACAUUUUCGAUUAAAAAAAUUAUAUUUUCUCAUCCAUAUAUAUACACAUGGGUACAUAUGUAUAUGCAUAUGUACAUAUUCUAUAAACAUGAUGUAUAUAUUAGGAGAUAAUUAUUUACAUAUCCAUAUACAUACAUAUUAAUUUGUAGAUGUAAUAGCGCAAUAGUAUUUAAAAAUUUAUCACAUUUAGUUUUAACAAAAUUUUAUUCAAAAAAUUAAUUGUCAAACUGUGUAUUCAUAAAGAUACUACAAAAAAUAACGAAAUGUAAUUUUGAAAUAAUAAAGAAUAAUCUUCAUUCCAAGUAAGUUACAUAGAAGGUGUUGCCAUUUGAUAAUAAACUACAUAUAAAUUUUCUAGCAAUUCAAUCUCUUUUAAUUCAAUUAAAUAAUUUAAAAAUUUUAUAAAUUAAAAAAGUUUAAAUAUAAAUUAACGUAAUAUAGCAAAAUUGUAUUUCCUUAUUAUUUACUUUUAAUUAUUAAAAUGAAUAAAUUUAAUUAAAAACUUUCAAAGCGUAUAUAUAAUUUUAUUAUUUUAAAUAUAAAUAAUAAACAAUGUAUAAAUAUAUGUUAUAUAAAAUAACAAGUACUAAAACAUAAAAUGGAAAAAUAAAUUGCAUAAGUGAAAAACGGAAUAUUCAAAAACCAAAUAUUGUCCCUAAUAAUAUAAUAAAUUUAAAAUGCGGAUUAAUUUAUUGGCAAUUAAUUUGUGUGGUCGAUAUAAUUUUAAACAUUGAAUAUAAUAAGCAAACUGACUUCCAUAUAAAAAAAAUAAUUUCAUACAAGAAUGUCUUUUGUCAAAAUAUAUAGCUAACGAAGUUCUAUUUAAAACAUAUAUUCUAAAUUCGAAAAUCGAUAUUUUUCGAUCUUACAUAAAAAUUAAUACCACUUAUAAUUGGUCACUGGGGAAUGGGUCACAGUACAUUAUUAUUUAAUAUAAUUCAUAUUUUAACCUAUAUUAAAAUGCAUAAUAUAUGUAUGUAUAAGAUUAGAUCAAAAACAAAUUCCGCAAGUAUAAACUUCUAUAUGUAUAACAUAAAAAUGAUAUAAUAUAUUCAAUAUAUUCUAUCAUAAUAUUACAAAAUAUUAUAUAAAUGUUAUAAUUAUAAUAUAACAAUAUACGCAUAUAAAAUUUAUAUCGAAUUUAUAAUAUGUGAAUAAAAAUAUGCUCAAUAGUUUAUAAUAUGUAUUCUAUUACAAAAAAAAAAACAAAAAAUCAAAAAUGAAACACUAUUAUAAACAUAUAAAAUAUGUUUACUACAUUAUACAUAUAUAUAAAAAAUGUAGAGAUUGUUAAAACCGCAACUCUUGUGCAUAUGAAAAAAUUUUAUCCCGUAUAUUAAAAGCAGAAACAUUAAAAAUGAAAGUGAUAUACUAAAAUAACCAUUUAUAUAUAAAAAAAAUAUAUAAAAUUAAAAUAAAAAAAAAUAAUUUAACAAAACAUAGAAACAAAAAAAUAAAAUAAAAUUAUGUAAGUGACAAAAAUGAGCUUAUCAAUUGAAAGCAACAAAAUUUUCUUUUUACUUAAGAAAAUUUGCAAAACACAAAAAUUCUAAACAAAAAAAACAUUAAAUAAGUAUAAAAGUAAGUAAAAAAAAUUAUACAUAUAUACUAUGAAUAUACUUUAUUUUGUUAUACUUGUGUAAAAUUCGUUUUUAUUUAUAAUUUAGUUUUUUUUAAGAGAGAAAAAUAUAUUAUAUAUAAUGUAAUAAAAUAUUAAAUUAAAAAUUUAGAAUAAAAUUUAUAUUAAAAACAAAAAUUCAAAAAAAAAAUUCAAAAAAAGAAAAAAGUAUAAAAACAAACAAACAAAACAACAUGAAAUUCUGAAAUUCUAAAACAAAUUAAUUAAUACAUAUUUAUUAUUAAAAAUAUAAUAAUACAUAUAAUAAAUUAAUAUAAAUGAAUAAAUAUAUAUAUAUCUAUAUAAAUAUAUAUAUAUAUAUAUAUAUAUAAAUAGAGAAUAUAAUUACAUUUAAACAUAGUAAUCACAAAAUAUGCUUUAUGCGUAUACCAAAAAAAAAUAAAGAAAGAAAAACACAUACGAGUAUAUUCAUAAUAUGAAUAUUAAAAACAUAUAUAAUUACAAAAUAAACAAGAUAAGUUUGUAAAUUGACAAAUUAUACUAAAAUAGUCUUUAAAAAUUAUAAAUAAAAAAAUAUAUAAAUGCAAAACGUGAAAGUUAUAAAUAAAUAUAACAUAUAUGUAUAAAAUAACAAAAAAAAAAAUUAAUUUGAUAAAAUAUAUAAAUAAGUAAUAAAAAGAUACCAUAAUACAAAAAUGUUAAGAUAUAAAGAGUAAAACUUACUAAAAAUGUAUAACAAUAUUACGAUACAAAAAAUUAUAAAUAAAAAAAGAAAAAUUAUUUUAAUUUUCUUUAGGGCUAUACAUUAUUAUAUAACUAUUAAAAAAAAACUACAACAAUUCGUACUUAUAUAUAAUAUAUGCAGGCAGUAUACAUGUGUAUACAUAUAUAUAAUACAUAUAUAUUGGUAUAAAUAUGACUAUAAACAAAUACUAUUACAAUUGCAAAUAUA